CAAAAUAGAAAUUAACUCGACUGUCUCAUUAUCAGACAGAGUCUGUGCUCUUUAUAUUCGCAACAUUACUUUGCAGUGAAACAGCAGGUCAGCUACAGUAAUAGGAUUUUUAUGUCUACAUAACGCUCCCUAUAAUAACGAAGGCCAGCGUUUAUCACACUGAUAUCAUCGUGGGGCCGACAACACAGCCGACUACAUUUAUAUUUCUUAUACCAGCUUACUUGGGAAGACAUAUUAUUGCCCUCUUAACAAACACCGCAGCAAAAGCAAUUAGCAAAAUGCAAGAAUAACAACACAUAUUGAAUAUAACGGACCUGUUCAGACGCCAUGUUGACCCUCCCUCUCCUGCUUGCCGAGUGACAGGGAACAUACCACUUUCCACAGUGGAAGGCGAAACAACUGUAAGUGUUGGGAGAGACUGAGAGGAAGAUACUUACUCACGAAUAAAAAAGGUUACCUUAUUACGAACGAGAACAAACCGAGGGCAUUAUUAUUUGCACUGAGCGAGCUAAAAAAAAAAAGAACAUUUCUAUGACAAUUAAAGAUGGUACAUUCCAACCAGUUCAACCAGCCAAUGACAGAAGGAUCCUAAAAUAGAAAAACAUGUCCAUUCAUAUUUUCCAUAGGUAAACUGCCAGGUGGGCCAUAACAUCAGCUCUCCUUUUUUAUUAACAAUGAAACACAAACUGUAUUCGGUUGAAAAAAGAAAUAAAGUAAUAAAAAGGAAUGUUUUUCACAGCUCAAUGUGUAGUCCGAGCAUCUGUCUCUUUAUUAAAACACCUCGGUGCAAAGCCAAACUGAUUUGUGUAGAUAUUAGUGCCCCAAUUAUUAUUUAAGUGUUAUUGUUUAAACCAAAUCUGAAAUGAUAGACUUAUGUAGUUUACCUUUUAGCCUUAGCAUAGUAUGACUUGGGCCUAUAAUCUACCAAACACUCCGUGCACAUGUAAUGCAAUUUAGUAUGUCAACUUUAGUAUGUCAACUUUAGUGUGGGCUCCUGUAUUAUAAUCGGAUUUGAUCCAACACAGCUCACCUGGGCGGAAACAUCAGCAUAUAUCUGUGUCACAGAAGGUUUGCUCUGCCGGCCUUUGGUGUCGUUUGACAGUAUGACAUUACAGUAUUUACACCACGGGAGAGCAGAGCCUGCAGAGCACUGACUGAGAGGGCUCUCUGUUCAUCCGUCACCAGUUAUUUAUUUAAAACACCGGGGUUUGGUUGUCGCCUCGUCUCCUUGGUUGCCACAACUGAGGCGGUGCUUGGCAUCUGUGUCGUAGGUGGAGAAAGCUGCCAGGACAGGAAUUUUUACUGCACUUCCCUCAGAGAUUAUACCCCCCCGGCUGUUGUCCUCCUCCCGGGGCAUUUUAAACCUAUUAGGGUAGUUAUUGUGGACGGACAUGGCCGACAAUCUGAGGAGACUGACCAACACAUCUUCCUUCAGCGUCUUACAGGACAAGCUUGAGAGCUGGCACAAAGACUACCAUGUUAUUUCCUGUGACCAGAAUCUAAAUAGAUGUUGUGAGCUGAUUGAACUAACCUCCAAGAUCCAGGGCCAACUGUUCGCCAUCCUCAACCUCACAGCUACUGAAGGUGGACACUAUGCUGGAGUGGAAACUCUCAAAAUGCGCUUGCUGCCGUGGCUUGGAACCUGUUUCUCAAUGGCGAGGCCCUCGGUCACUGAUGACACCAGUCUACAGCUCAUCCAGGAUUCAGUGGAAAAGAACAGAAGGAUCAGGGAGCUCUCUGCUUCCCAUGAUAGCGACAUGCUGAAGAUGGACACUGAGCUGUGCUCCACUCGCCGGCAGCUGGACUCUGUCAGAGCAGAAUUGGCCGAUGCUCAGAAUGAACUGGAUGAGACAAAGAGCAAAUCAGCAACCACUCUGCUGGCCACUGAAGACGAAAUAUUACAACUGAAAGCAGAUUUGCGAUCCGCACUCGAGCAGGUGGAGAUUUAUAAGAGGAAGCUGGAUGCUCUUGAUGACUAUGAACGGCAGAUUCGCUUGCUGAGAGAUGAAGUGUCCUACCUGAGCACAGAGAAGGCCAUGCUGCAGGAGAGGCUGGUGAGAAGUCGUUCUCCAAGCCCUUUGCCCAGGCUCAGUCGCUCUUCCAGCCCCAUGAGGAGUGAGUCUCCCACCAGAGCCCAGCUCACUAACUCCUCACGCCACGCACGCCUCGUAUCACGUUUCAGUGACCUGUAUGCUGUGGAGCGUCUGGAGGCCCAGACCCUGCUUCGACGCUACAUUUCAGACUUAGAGAUGGUCCAGAAAAUCAUCUUCAUUGCUGUCGUGGAAUCCUUUAAGACAGCAAAACUGGCUUAUCGUCAGUUCAAGCUGCGUGUGAGAAAGACGUUGUCCCCAUCCCACUUUGGGCCGGAAAGUCUGGAGGAUGCAGCUGUGGACUACAUUGUCAGAAACCUGGACCUCUACGAUGUUCAGGCCAGCGUCAAUGAUGUGAUCAAUGCCAUGAAUGUGAACCCUCGGAUCUCUUUCCCGCCAGAGGUGGACUUUAUCCUCAUUAGUGCCAUGAUCAGGGACACGUGCAGGGUGGCCUUUGCCAUGCAGACACUGGACCCCCCACUUGACUUGGCCUUUGCCAGCGAUGGAGAACUUUACAACGACAUCAAGUAUCGUCGCAGCUAUGACUCCGAGUUCACUGCUCCGCUGGUGUUGUACCAUGUGUGGCCGGCCUUGUUGGAAGGAGAUGCUGUGAUAGUGAAGGGCGAGGCUGUGACGAGAAGAGGUGCUCUGUGGAGCAGAAGCCGGAGCAGAAGUGCCAGCCCCGUACGCUCUCGCUCUCUCAGCCCAAGUCGCAGUCUUGCAUUUAACAGCAAAAGAAGUCUGUCUCCUGAACGUCUCACAGCAAGUCGCCUGUGAACUGUGGCCCCUAUGUCCACACCUGUACUUGAUGUCAGUGAAAUAAAGUUUCAGGUAUUUUCAACUCAGAUUUAAUCUGUACAGUAUGGUUACACGUAUGCUUCCACCAAAUAAAGCAAUACCAUCCUUAGAUACUGUACCACCCAAAGGCUGCUCAGAGUUUACAUUGUCGGAGGGCAGUUUAAAGGCACAUUGACACUAACUAGAGGUCAGUACAUUAUAGAUAAUGCAAAAUAGCCUGGCAGCUAACAGAUGUCUUAGUUUACUAUAUUUACUCUGUGACUAAGGUUUUGAUAGAUAAUACUAACAGUGUUUUAGUGAUCAUCAGAAACUUAAAAGUACAUUUUUAAGACUCGACCUGCACAGUAGCACUUUCUUAGUUUGACAGAGAACAUUAGCAAAAAUAUUCAACCUUUACUCCUCUCUUCACUUUUCAAAGUCAACAUCUAUGUAGCAGAUUUCUUUGGCCGUGUUGUGACAUACAGUAUGGUGCUAAUGAUCAGUGCUAACUAAAACUCCUCCAGUACUUGAGUGACUGAUAUUGGUCGUUGUGAUUUUUAGUCUUAAUGCUUGCUGUGUUUUUUAAGUUUAUUGUUUUUAUUUUUUGGUGCUGUUGUUUUAUAUUUUGAAACUUUUAGGUGAAGUAAGGGUUAGCACAGUAAGGUUUAGGAACAUUACAGCGUAACAUAACAUGAAAUGUUUAUGACAAAAAAAAACUAGAGAUGGUUUUGCUUUUUAAGUCUGAAAUAUAUUUUUUAAUCAAUUUUAAAAGUGUUAUUGUGUACAAGAAUAGGGCCAAUAACUUAUUUUGCAGAAAAUGUCUGUAUGCAUUCAAUAUGACAAUUAUUCUUUUUUUCCUAAUUUUCAACAUUAUCAUAUCCAAAACUACUGAACUUAAUUUUCCCCUGGAUCGUUUGGAUUUAGAAAUGAUAGCCAAUGCUAUAGGAUAAAUUCAUGUUGAUUUACCUAUGAUUUGAUUUGAUGUGUGAUGAAUAUAUUCUUUGACUGUGCCUUUUAUGAUUGCUUUUUUAAAAGAAUAAAUGAUAAACCUUUAGUUUUCAUUUUCUUUUAAAUUGUAUUUAUUAUUGACAGAUGAAUUGUUCUGUAGCCAUACCAGCAGUGUAGCAACACCUGCCAGUACCUUUUAACACAGUUAAGAAUGGCUGCUUUACUUACCAAAAAACUGAACCAUGAAUGUCUAAUCAGCAAAAUUAUAGUUUA